AUGGGCAAUAUCACCAGCAAACCCGAUGACCAGGCUGCCGCCCUCUACCUCAGGGACCAGAAUCGCUUGACUAUUUCCUCCCUCAUCGUUACCAAUCCGCGAAAACGCACAUCUGUCCAUGUUACCCCAAACACCUUCCCUGCGACCAGGCUGGCUGUCAUCCGGACAUCUGGUGAACAGGCCCCUGUAGAAUUCGUCCAGGAUCCCGAGCCGGGUGCUUCAGGCUUCUUGCUCAAGCUCGAUAGCGACGAUGAACUCAUCUUCACAUUCACUUUCGUCUUGCGCCAGCCAAGCGCAACCCAGCCUACCUCCCCUCCUCCCGAUGCGACCACCGCUACUCCCGAUACCAGCAUAUCUGGGCUAACAUUCGUUUGCGGCUCUACCUCGCGCGAAGUCGAAAACCUCGUAACUCGCGAGUUUCUUGCCAACCCGAACCUCCACAAAAACGACAACGUCGCUCUCGUCGGAGACUAUUCCACCAGCGGCAGCUCUUCUGUCACCUUUGAAUGGACUUGGAAAUGGAAACCUCCCAAGCCCGUCGAGGACAAGAUCGGCGGUUGGAGAAAUUUCUGCAGUUUUGUCGAGUAUGAUUCCCGUGCGCAUCGCUUGCACGCCCUCGCCAGUUUCUCUUUCUGGGUAGCUUCCUCUCCGGUCUCCCCAGCCUACACCAGUCAACCUAACUCUCCGAACCCUGGCUUCCUGCUCGGCUCGCCUCCAAAGAUUCGUGUUGCCUCUGCUCAAUCAGUAGACUCUCGCUUACACUCCGACAUCGACGAAGUACCAUUAUCGCCUUUGCCUGGCGCACUAGAAACCUUUUCGCCAUCGAUACUACCGCAGGUCCAGGAGCCCGUCAAGGUCGACGUCUCAUGUCCGCGUCCUGGUGAGGAUGUGUCGGUAUCGGAUGAUGGUCCUGUCUUUCGGGCCACUCUUAAAGCCCUGGAGCAAAAGACUGGCAAUAUGCGAAUCCACAUGAAGAGAGUGCUAAAGAGUGCCGAACAUGCGCAUACUUGCCAACUAGUCGCCAAUGAGGCUUUGGUCGCUUUCAUGGACGCUUUGCGUGAAGCCUCCAGCACCAACGCGCACGCAGUUCAGCCUGCGCUCGAACACUAUUUUGACAAGAUCGCCCGUGAAAUCCUAAGCUACGACCGCCAGAACACUGCAAACCUGCAGAAGAUCAUCAUCGAGCCGAUAAACAAGCUUUACCAGCUCGACAUCAAGCAAGCAGAGGCAAAGAAACGCGACUUUGAAGAUGAGAGCAAAGAGUAUUACGCAUACGUAUCGCGAUACCUUGGCCAGCGCCACGACUCGGUCAAGGCUAAGAAACUCGCUGACAGCGACUCCAAAUACCAAAACAAGAGGCGCAACUUCGAGCUCAAACGAUUCGACUACUCCAGCUUCAUGCAGGAUUUGCAUGGUGGUCGCAAGGAGCAAGAAGUCUUGUCGCACCUGACAAAGUAUGCUGAUGCACAAACCAAGGGUUUCCUCGCCACGGCAAAGAAGAUAGAAGCUCUUCUGCCGCAGCUUGACGCUCUGUCCUCGGAAGUUAGUGAGGCCGACAAGGAAUACCAAUAUCAAAGACGAGAACGCGAAGAAAAGCGGCGUUUGCUGGAAAAGAGUAACACCCCCUAUCUGGAGCCCGAACAGGCCAGCCUUGCCGCCGUUCCGCCUCCGACCGCGUCUUCUAAUGGCAACACGGGCCACAAUUCCGACUCGGAGAUAGGCAGGGCUGAUAGCACCGGCUCUCAACUGAGGUCGACGUCAUCUGGCGGUCAGGUCAGCAUAUCCGGCGUCGAGGUGGUCAACCCCCAAGGCGGCCUACCCACAACCAUCGGCAGUCCCUCUCAAAACACCAAAUUCAAGGGGUUCCGUGACUUAGAGGAACCGAACCCUUCACAGUCUUCCGUUCCGCAUCGCAAAGAAGGGCUUCUCUGGGCGCUCAAUCGCCCCGGUGGCCAUGUUGAUCCCCGAAAUCUCAACAAGCAAGGCUGGCACAAGUUUUGGAUUGUGCUAGACCAGGGUCAGCUGUUGGAAUACAGUAACUGGAAACAAAAACUAGACCUCCACAUGGAUCCCAUUGACCUGAGGAUGGCAUCUGUGCGGGAGGCUCGCAAUGCUGAACGUCGCUUCUGCUUUGAAGUAAUUACCCCUAAUUUCAAGCGUGUCUACCAGGCUACAUCGGGAGAAGACAUGAACAGCUGGAUAGUUUCCAUCAACAAUGCCUUGCAAAGCGCCGUGGAAGGCAGAAGCGGCCGUGAACGAUAUGCCGCACCAGCAAAUACAAGCCACGACUCGUCCAUUAAGAGAGACAUUGGCUCUAUUCUUACCGGCAAAACCCAGGCGCUGAUGCAUAGCAGUAGUCAUUCGCACGGCAGUUCUUCGAGUGGCAUCCCAUUCCGCAGAAUCACUGUUGGAGCUCGACCCGCGCCAGUACGAACCCACAGCGCAGGGUACGAUGAAAACCCCGACCAGCUUCUGCAAAUGCUUCGGGACAAUGACCAGGGCAAUAACUGGUGCGCUGACUGUGGAUCGGGCUCAAAGGUUGAGUGGGUGUCUAUCAACUUGGGCAUUAUCCUCUGCAUCGAGUGCAGCGGCAUUCACCGUUCGCUGGGUACUCACAUCAGCAAGGUGCGGUCAUUGACUCUCGAUAUCAAGUCUUUCACUGUCGAUAUUGUCGAAUUACUCGUUUUGAUUGGAAACCGAGUUUCAAACAUGGUUUGGGAGGCGACCCUGGAUCCCACGACGAAACUUGCUCCGCAAGCAACUCGCGAGGUCCGCCUCAAGUUUAUCACCAAUAAAUACGUCAACCGAAGCUACGUGCAACCAAUAUCAUCGACUUUGUCGCAUUACGCAACGCCCGAUGAGACUUUGCUGGCAGCAAUUAAGAAGAAUGAAAUCCAGCAGGUUUUGUAUGCGUUGGCGCUCAAGGCCAACCCCAACGCUGUUGACAGAAUGAGGGGAACACAUGCCGUGUGGCUGGCACUGGCAGCGGCCGAUCCAGCGUCACCGUCACCAACACCCGGGGCUACCGCGGACAAGGAGGGAAAGCAAGUGCCAUUCCCAGUUGCAGAAUUGCUGACGCAGAAUGGUGCUGAAAUCCCAGCGACACCGCCUGCCUUCCCGCUGGGCCGCUUCGCACAGCUGUACGUUCAGCAAAAGCAGGGCAAGACUCGAGCAGGAGUAAGAGACUCGGUCCAAGUGCUCCCUAACAGUGGGUGCGAGGUGGAGAGAACACGCUCCGAUACUGCCAAACUACAGAAGCGCAUCAGCGCCGGUGGGAGACUGGCCAGGUCGCCAAUUCCUGAGAAAUAG